AUGGGACAGGGUAAGCCAAGUCAGCUGUCCAUGGGGCUUGCUGGACUAUCAGUAGUCCCUCCAUCAUUACAUGUUUUCAUUAAAGGAACCCUGGGGAUCAAGAGUUGCGACUUCCAGGCAGCAAGAAACAAUGAAGAGCACCACACCAAGGACAUCAGCUCCCGGCGCCUCAUUGUGCGGAGGGGGCAGCCCUUCACCAUCAGGCUGCACUUUCAGGCUCCAGUCCAUGCAUUUCUGCCUGCCCUAAGGAAGGUGGCCCUCAUUACACAAACUGGAGAGCAGUCCUCCAAAGCCAACGGGAUCCAAGCCAUAUUCCCGAUUUCCAGCCUGGGGGACCGGAAGUGGUGGAGUGCUGUGGUGGAGGAGAGAGACGACCUGUGUUGGACCAUCUCCAUGACCACGCCCGCAGACGCUAUCAUUGGCCAAUACUCGCUCCUGCUGCAGGUCUCAAACAGGAAGCCGUGCCUCCUGGGCCAGUUCACACUGCUCUUUAAUCCCUGGGUUCGAGAGGAUGCUGUAUUCCUGGCGAAUGAGGCUCAACGCAGGGAGUACUUGUUGAACCAGAACGGCUUCAUCUACCUGGGCACUGCCGACUGCAUCCAGGCAGAGCCCUGGGACUUUGGCCAGUUUGAGGGGGAUGUCAUGGACAUCAGCCUGGCCUUGCUGAGGAUGGACAAGCAGGUGAAGGAGUGGGGCAACCCAGUGCAUGUGGCCUGCAUUUUGGGCGCCUUGCUGCAUGCUUUCAAGAAGAAGAAUGUCCUGCCUACCCCGCAGACCCAGGCUGCCCAGGAAGGGUCUUUGAACAAGCGCCGGGGCAGCGUGCCCAUCUUGCGUCAGUGGUUCACAGGCCAUGGGCGACCUGUGUAUGAUGGUCAGGCCUGGGUGUUGGCCGCUGUUGCUUGCACAGUGCUGCGGUGCCUGGGAAUCCCUGCUCGUGUAGUCACCACGUUCACCUCAGCCCAGGGCACUGGUGGGGGCCUGCUCGUCAAUGAAUACUACAGUGAGAAGGGGCUUCAGAACAGAGAAGGCCAGAGAGGCAGAAUAUGGAUCUUCCAGACUUCCACUGAGUGCUGGAUGACCCGGCCUGCUUUGCCCCAGGGUUAUGGCGGAUGGCAGAUUCUGCACCCAAGUUCUCCUAAUGGAGGUGGAGUCCUGAGGGCCUGUGAUCUGGUCCCUGUCAGAGCGGUCAAGGAGGGGACACUGGGGCUGACCCCUGCAGUAUCAGACGUUUUUGCCUCAGUGAAUGCCUCAUGUGUAGUCUGGAAGUGCUGUGAGGAUGGGACACUGGAGCUGACCAACUCCAACACUAAGUAUGUUGGCAACAACAUCAGCACCAAAGGUGUGGGCACGGAUCGCUGUGAGGACAUCACUCAAAACUACAAGUAUCCUGAAGGAUCUCUUCAAGAAAAAGAGGUGCUGGAGAGAGUCCAGAAAGAGAGACUGGAACAUAAGGAAGACAAUGGCAUCCAUCCUCUCAGUCUUGAGACUACUGAUCCUCUGUACCUAUUCUUGGAAGCACCCAGUUUCCUACCCCUGAGAGGGGAUGCUCAGUUCUCCAUAACCUUAUUUAACUCCUGUGACCAAGAAAAGGAAGUGCAGCUGAUAAUUGGUGUACAGGCGUUGUACUACAACGGAGUCCUUGCUGCUGAGCUCUGGAGGAACAAGCAGCAGCUUAGACUCGGUGCCAAACAGGUUAUCACCUGCAGCCUGUCCUCCUCCAAUUUUGAGAAAAGCCCACCCGAGAACAGCUUCCUCAGACUCACGGCCAUGGCAACACACUCGGAGUCUAGCCUUAGCUGCUUUGCUCAGGAAGACAUCGCCAUUUGUAGACCACACCUUGACAUUGAGAUGCCGGAGACAGUAGAGCAAUAUCAACCUCUUACAGCUAAGAUCAGCAUCCUUAACUCCCUAGAUGUUCCCAUGACGGACUGUGUCAUCUAUAUCCUCGGAAGGGGACUCAUUCACAGAGAGAGGAGCUACAGAGUCGGUCCUGUGCGGCCUGGAAACAGCCUUUGUACCCAAUUCCACUUGACGCCAACAAAGGUGGGGCCCCAGCGGCUCAUUGUGGAAAUGGACUGCAGUGUGUUCCAGAACCUAACCAACUCCAGAAGUGUCUAUGUGGCAGCCCCUUACCUUGCAGCUUAAACUUCCAGCUGUAGCGUCAUAUGUCCCAAACAUCCCCCUGAAUCUACGAUCUAAAACCAAAUGUGCUGGGAAGGGAGACUUUGCUUAUCAGACAAAUGAAUCUAUUCAGGGCGAGCAGAAGAGUGACCAAGAACAAAACUAGAUUCCCAGAAAUCAACAUAAAGACAAUCAUUUCUGUCACCUUAGCUUAAGGCAGUCCUGAAGACUAGUUUGUCUUAGAAUAGAAACUACUGGGCUUGAGUGAUAAAAGGAAGCCUUUGAAAAGAUACUCAGAUAAGUACAUUGAUUUUUCUGGUUCAGGAUUUUUCAUAACCAUUUUACUGCUCACAUUCAUUAACUUGCAGGUAAGGAAAAGAAACUAACAUUUAAAUCAUUUUUAUAUUUCUGACAAAGUGGGACAAUAUUAGCUCAAAAUAGAAUUUUUAGGUAAUCCUAAAUUACAUUGAUCAGUGCUAUCCCUGACCAUAGUCCUUAAAGACCCAAAGAUGACUGAACAAAGUUAUAAAAUAUACAACACAGGACCUGAUCUUGUAGAUUCAGCUAUAGUUUUUAUGAGAGUUCUAGAUUAUGAAGUCACAAUUAAAGUCUGAUGUUAAUAACAUAAAUUUGGUCUAGUAGAGAAAUAUGAA